AUGACUCACCGAACUGAUAACCUUCCAUUGUACCAACCCCGUGGUGCACCAGGUGCCGACCGUACUAUCGCUACAGCCCCAAGACGACGAGCCGUCAACGAGCCAGAGGGAUUCGCGACCUAUUCGGGCACGAUCCUCCUCAAGGGGAGUGUCCCAGCCAAAUCAGAUACAUACGACCCCACACUCGACGUUGAGGGUGUCUACAAAGCCUGUCAUGGUAUGGGCACCAAUAACGCCAAAUUGAUCAAAAUCCUCGUUGGAAAGGAAUCCCAAGAGAUUCAGAUACUGCAGACGGCAUAUAUGAAGGCUCGACAGAAGCAGCUCGUCAACUUGGUUGUCGACGAAAGUUCGGGCAGCUAUCAGACUGGUCUGGCGCUCCUCGCAAGUGGCGCACUGGGAGGGGAUGCAUAUCUACUCAACAAGGUGGUCGAACCCAAGACGAGCUCGCGCAUACGACUAGCACUUCUCACCGAGAUUCUCGUCAUGCGAUCAAAGCCGGAUUUGAUCAAACUCAAGGAGUAUGUCAGCGCAACGCAGCACCGUAGUCUGGCUAGCAUUGUCAACGACGCAAUACGGAUGAUGGACGCUUCGGUACAAGAAAAUCUUAUUGAAGCUUUCCGGCUAUGCAUGCUCACGGACGAGCGGGUCGUCGAAGAUGGAGAGGUCAUGUCGAAUGUGCAAACCAUCAAAGCCUUUCUCGAGGGCGAGGAGGAUGUCAGUAUCAGAAACUUCUUGGAUCUCCUCUUGGACCGUCCACUGUCGUAUUUGCGCCUCCUAGUCGACGGGUACAAGACACAGUUUUACGACGUCAAUCUCUCGCAGGCCGUGGCAGACUCCCACGAUACCCGAUUAUCACCCGCACUCAAAGACGUGCUCGUGUAUGCGCUGCUCACAGCCGAGCACGGGACGGAGACGUCGAUGGAGGGUGUCGUACGCGACGCACGACGGAUAGAGGGGGAUCUUCAAGAUGAUUAUUUACUUACAGUGCGCUUGGUUCGCGCACAUUGGGAUUCGGAUCGGUUCCGCGCGGUUCUGGCAGAGUGGGCAAAAGUCAAACCAGAGAGUGGGAGCCCAGUCAAACGCGUCACGAAACACACGCGGUUAAACUUGGAGACGCUGCUAGUGAAGAUGAUUGAAAAAGUCGAGUCGGGUUCGCGAUCACCAUAA